AUGGGGCUUGGGCACCUAAAGGGAGCCCUCCUGCCUGUGCUGGAACAGCACGGGAAACUUCCCUUGGGAUGCCGGCUAGUAUCUCCCUGGGUAGUUAAAGAUGUGGCCUUGGAGGUACCUUUUGGCCUUAAACCAUGUCCUGCUUCCUCUGCACAGAUCGAGGAGGGGGACGCUCGCACGAACGCACCGGUCAUAACGCCUUCAUCUUCCACUGAAAGUGUGAGCAAGGCACCCGUGGUGAAGGCCAAGGCCACCCACAUCAUCAUGAACUCUCUCUUCACAAAGCAGACUCAGGAGAGCAUUCAACGCUUUGAGCAGCAGGCAGGGCUGCGAGAUGCUGGCUACACUCCCCACAAAGGCCUCACUACAGAGGAGACCGAGUAUCACCGGGUGGCCGAGGCUGUCCAUAAGUUAAAAAUGCAGAGUGGAGAGAUGACGAAAGAAGACAAGCAGACUUCCUCUGCUCAGUCCACUCCGAGCAGCACUCCCCACUCCUCUCCCAGGCAUAAAAACAGGGGUUGGUUUAGUCAUGGAGCCUCUGCUUCUAUCACUGGGUCAGAUUUUGUUGCCAUGGAAGCUGGUGGGGACAGAUUGGCAUCUGAAAAAUGGAGCUUUUUUGGACCCAAAGCUAUUCAGAAAUCCACCAAUGAUCCAGGAGGAUUUACCAUCCAAUCCUAUAAGGGUGCCCAGAAACCAUCCCCGAUGGAACUGAUGCGUGCCCAGGCUACUAGGAUGCCAGAAGAUCCAGUCACCUUCAAGCCACCCAAAAUGGACAUUCCAGUCGCAGAAGGGAGGAAACAAUCUCCACGUUCCCAUAAUAUCAAACCUCGGGAUCUCAAUGUUCUCACUCCAACGGGGUUCUGACAAGAACGCUCAGUGUCCUUAAUGGAUUAAGGGGUAUCUUAGGCUUGCUUCCCCGUCUUGUUGUGCUGCAGUAAAAUAGGAAAGUCUCUUUCUUCCAGCUUUUCAUCUCAGCAAAGGAGACAGCUCUCACUGUUCCUCUAAAGCCAACCCUGAAUGAGUCUUU